GCCCCCUCACGGACAUGGGCUUGUGGGCUAUGGGGACUUUCCAUAGUACGGCGACCCUGUCCCCAGAGAGUCUCCAUGAUUUGUAUGUGCCUUUGUGUGCAUGCACUUUCUCAAUAUUUUGCUCGUCCCACCUCGGCCACUCUGGCUGGGUGGGCUUCUGUUUUGUUACCGCUAAGCUCUAACCCUAACCCUAGCUUAUCAGUAUAA